AUGGGUUCAAGGUUUUAUGGCAUCAGUCAGCUGUUCUUGCUUUUGAAUAACGGUCCUGCUGACCGUCUUAUGUUUCAUGGGAGUCCAUACUUCUUCAACCUCUUUCGACCCCUUUCUUCAUCCCAAUCAUCUCAGUACUAUCGCCACCGCCGUUCCUCAACAAUGUCCGGAGAGAAGAAGCAAGUAAAGAUCUUCGACACCGACGACGAUCUAGCUGAUGGCAUCGCGAAGCACACGGUGGAACUCUCCCGCAAGUUCUCCCAUCAGAGGAACGCCUUCACCGUCGUUCUCUCCGGCGGUUACCUCGUUGACAAGCUCAGGAAAUUAGUGGAGCCGCCGUAUGUCAGUGAAGUCGAUUGGGCUAAGUGGCAUAUUUUCUGGGUGGAUGAGAGGGUGAUGAAGGAGAAUGAUCCCGAUAGCUGCUAUAUGGUCGCCAAGCGAGCUUUCCUUUCCAAGGUUCCCAUCCCAGAAAACCAAAUUCAUUCAGUUGAUGAUUCUCUCAACGCCGAGCAUGCAGCGCAAGACUACGAGAAACGGGUGAAAGAGUUGGCAGAGCGCGGGGUGGUGGAGAUUUCACCUCAGACCAAGUUUCCAAGGUUCGAUCUCAUGCUUCUGGGAAUUGGACCUGAUGGUCACCUUGCUUCUCUUUUUCCUCACCAUCCUCUUCUCAAUGAGAAGGAGAGAUGGGUUACAUUCAUCAAGAAUUCUCCAAAACCUCCACCUGUCCGAGUAACCUUCACUCUCCCUGUAAUUGCUGCUUCGGCUUACAUUUUCAUGGUGGUCGCUGGCUCUGCUGAAGCUGAUGCAGUGAAGAGAGCUUUAGAAGACGAUUUGUCAGCUGAUUUGCUGCCUGUGCAGAGGGUUAAGCUUGAGAAUGGGGAGUUCCUUUGGUUUCUUGAUAGAUUGGCGGCUUCAAAGCUUUGAUUUGAUGAAGAGGAGAAACUUCGAAGAUCCGGCGGUAAGUUCCUGUAGUUCAGAACUGUUUUUCUUUAAUGGAAGAUUUACAUACAUACCACCUAAUUCUCAUGUUGAUGUAAUAAAUGACUAUUUCGUGAAAUAAAUUGUGGCACGAUUUAAUUUUUUAUAUCAUAUCAGACUAAUUGUGAG